AUGCCAUCCACCACGACAUGGGAUACUAUUAGCGCCUUCGAGGUGCCCGAACACUUUAGUCGGUUCCCAGCUGGCAUUGCUCGCAAUUCCCCUGAGGUGGUCGAUGCCCUUAACAAAGUAAUUGACGCAUCUUGCGCUCAAGGUUCGAAAGAGGAGAAAAAAGCGAGAACCCGCCAUUUAACUGCCGGUAAUGAGCCUUUUGCAAUCUGUCACUGCACUGCAUUUCCAGACCGAUUAGUUGUACUUUCCUCCAUCAUCGAGUUGGCAUGGAUCAACGACGAUGUCACCGAGGAACUGGAGCAUAAAGAAGCCUGCAUCAAGCAUGAUAUCCUCAUCGAUGCUAUGGACCCUGAGAAGCUUGCGAAUGCACCGGCUGGAACGUUCAACGCCUUAGAAACACUAUUUGGCUUGCACGUACAAAAGGCCAGCGCGAUGGACCCUGAUGCCGCAGAAAAAAUGGUUGAGGUGCUCACGAACUAUUUGAAAACAUUCGAUAGUAGUGACGAAGAAUUCGUCUCUAUGGAGAAAUACAACCCGUAUCGGGUAGCGAACAGCGGAUAUUGGAUCUCAUCUUAUUUCAUUCGCUGGGGUAUGGGAUUGGUUCUCAGCGAUGUGGAGUAUGAAUUGCUUCGCGACUUCGACUUCAGCCUGGGCGUCAUCCUGGGACUGACCAAUGACUACUUCAGCUGGAAUGUGGAGAAGGAUCAGAAGACGGAUCGAGUGCGCAACGCUGUUAAGGUGCUAAUGAAUGAGUACAAUGUUUCCGACACCGUUGCAAAGCCUUUACUGAAAGGUAUCAUUAUCGAUGAAGAAGAGAAGGCCUGCCGGUUGAAGCAGAAAUUGCUAGAAACCCCCGACGGCCUGUCCCCAGCGGUUCUACAGUAUAUUGAAGCCAUUGAAUUAUACGUAGGAGGCAGUUGCUAUUGGCAUGCAACUGCCCCACGUUAUAAGAUUUAG